UUGACACAUUUUGUUUACCCACACAUCAAACCCCGCCCCGUGUGCGUUAUCAAUCAUUGUUUUCAUUUUCGACAAAACAACUCUUCAAAAUUCCAGCAAUAUUCCAAAUAUGGCUAGUAACCAGGAGAACACAUCGGUCUCGUCACGCAUCACACUUUUCAAUCAGGCAGCCGAGCAGCAUAAAAACUGGAUGAUGAUUAAUCCCUUUGCCCAUUACAAUGUCAGUGACAUGCCCAAGCGGAGUUUUGGCCAAGAGGAAUAUGGCAAGCCGCCGGCGGGCAGUCUCUCCGAGCAGAGGGUCCUGCAGGCCAAUGUCCGGGCCCUGGAGCAGAUCCUGCAGCUGUGCGAAGUGAUACAAGAUAAUGGCGAGCCCGAUCCCAUUGAUCCCAGUCUCAGAAGACUGGAAUUUGGGCAUCUUUUCAAUCUCUACAACGAUAUAUCCGACAAACUGAUGGGCACCAUGUUGGCUGCCCGGAAAAAUGGUUUCGUGGAAUUUAAUGGCGAAACUCUUUUCCAGGGACGCGAUGAGAGUGUUCCCGUUCGCCUGCUCCGUCCGUUUGAGCAGCUAAAAAUAGAAAUCCUGGCCAAGAUCGAGGAUUUGCGUUGCAUUUCAACCGAAAAACCCCUGGAGACAGCGAGUGUCCUGCGCAAGGAUUAGGUCACGUUUUGCUAGAGGAGGGGCUGCUGAAAAAAUGUCACCGGAUCGCACGUGUGCGUGCGCACCUGAGCCUUUUCGCAGUUAAUUGAAUUUAAAUCUCGGCGCCCGGGUCCCAAAGCCUUUUUCCCUGCCGUCACCGUCACGUAUACAGACAGGAGGCCCGGCCAGCGGCAUUUCACAGUCCAUCCGGCCUCCACUGAGCCCCUGAGAUUGUAUCACCUCUAGGAAAUAAACAAAUUACAGCCGA